AAACUGACUAUUUAAAGUCUGAAUGAAGAUGAACAAGUUCAGAUGAAAAAUUGAUAUAUUGAGUAUCGUUUGAUUGUAAUGGCACCUGUUCUCGGUUAUUGGGAUUUCCGUGGUUUAGUUGAUCCAAUUAGACUGUUAUUGGCUCAUGCUGGAGUUGAUUAUGAAUAUAAAGUUUACAAGAUUGGUCCAGCUCCUGAAUUUUCCAAGGAUGAAUUUCGUUCGAUAAAACAUGAGUUUGGAUUCGACUUUCCCAAUUCACCAUAUUACAUUGAUGGCGAUUUCAAGCUGACUCAGAAAAUGGCCAUCCUUCGAUACUUGGGACGUAAACAUGGACUGAUCGGUUCGGAAGAAGCUGAGUUGACUCGCUGUGAUUUGGCUGAACAAGCGGCUGAGGAUUUGGCUUAUUAUUUGUAUCGUUCAUGGUUUGCUGGUGAGGAAGCGUCUCGAAAAGAUUUGAGUGAAAAUUUACCUGGAAAAUUGAGUGAAUUUGAUAAGUUUAUUGGUUCAGGUCCGUUUGUUUUGGGUGAAAAGGUCACUUAUUCUGACUUCCUCGUUUAUUCAACCCUUGAUUAUCUGAGGGUUUACGAUGAAUCUUUUCUAGAAAAUUUUGAUUCAUUGAAAAAUUUUCUCACCCGAAUUGAAGCCUUACCAAACGUUGAUGCUUUCAUUAAAAGUGACAAAUUCAGUCGACUUCCAAUCUCUCGUCAAUUUGCUUGGGAAUUGAAAAAAAUAACACCAGAAGUUACAGAAACUCCAGUCUCCAAAAGUUCAGAGUAAAAGUUUUCUUGUCUAUUCAAAACUUAUUCAAUAAAAUGCUCUUUUAAUACUGAA